AACAAAUAUUUAUCGCUGCCCCAAUUUAUAUUCUUUCUGAAAGCUUCAAAUUUCAUUUCUAAAUCGCGAUUAGGGUUUUCUCUGCUACUUUUCGAUCGGUUCUUGUUCAAAGCUCCAGUACUUCGCGCUUCGUAAUCGGAUUUUCGGCGUCAAUUUAUUCAGUUAGGCGAUUAAUCUAUCUCUUGUUCUGGGAGACGAUGGGGGCUUUCAUAUCAAGAUUCUGGUUCAUGUUAUUUCCGGCGAAAGAAUACAAGAUCGUGGUCGUAGGGCUGGAUAAUGCCGGAAAGACGACGACUCUUUACAAAUUGCACCUGGGAGAGGUUGUUACUACCCAUCCUACUGUUGGAAGCAAUGUUGAAGAACUUGUGUACAAGAAUAUUCGAUUCGAGGUAUGGGAUCUUGGUGGGCAAGACAGGCUUAGGACAUCAUGGGCAACAUAUUAUCGCGGUACCCAUGCAGUAAUUGUGGUGAUAGACAGUACAGAUAGAGCAAGAAUCACCAUUAUGAAAGAUGAGCUCUUCGGACUACUUGGCCACGAAGAUCUUCAGCAAUCUGUGGUGCUCGUUUUUGCAAACAAACAGGAUCUCAAGGAUGCCAUGACCCCAGUUGAAAUCACCGAUGCCCUUUCACUUCACAGCAUCAAGAAUCACGACUGGCACAUCCAAGCCUGCUCUGCCCUCACCGGAGACGGUCUAUACGAUGGUCUCGGGUGGAUUGCUCAGCGAGUUACUGGUAAAGCACCCAGUUGAUAACGAACUCACUGCCAGUGAGAUUUCAUUCUUACUCUGUAAUCUUUGUGGUUAACCUCCUCGUCUAUUGUCUCAUUUUAUAUUAGUCUUGGAGCAGCUUAUGCAUCCCUUUCUAUUACAUUUUGGUUUCAGAGAGUUGUAUUAAAUUUAAAAAAGAAAAUGGAGCAAUUCUCUCAUUCCAAAUGAGGUAAGAGUUGAUAUGCAA